UGUUUAUCUCUUUGAAUAAGAUACUUGUUACAUUCCUAAGAGUAAACAUAGAGUUUUCGAGAUAGGCAUUAUCACUGUUAAUGAAAACGAGAAUGUGGAAUGCGAGGGGCAUUGUUAAGCGCUUGUGACGUAAUGAACCCAACCGAUAUUUGGGCGUCGGACAUGCGGAAACCAAAUGGCAGAAAAUCGCGGAUCGGGCUUCCAGUGUUGCACAAGAAUAAACGAAUGAUGACCUACCGUGUAUUCACCGUGCAGUUGGUGUUGGUUGUUGUUUUCGUAUUUGGCGUCACUGUAACGAGCAACCCGUUCCGUAAGCGAGAUCAUGCUAUCUUGAAUAUGCACAAGACGGACCCUCCAUCUACAAAGGCAAAAUACAAAGGUGUCAUUAUUGUAACGAACCAUCGUUCCGGGAGUACUUUCACUGGUGAGCUCUUCAAUCAACAUGAGGAUGUCUUCUACAUCUUUGAACCUCUCAUCCAAGCUCGGAGUGGAUGUGGGGAUGAGGAAGAUAAGAUGAAGAUCCUGAUGAGGAUGCUACAAUGUGAUCUUGGGAGUCCUGAAGGAUUUGAGAGGAUCACACAGGAUGCGGGAGUCAGACAGAGAUGCAUUUCUAACAAUUUCUGUUUUAGAGAAAAGAGUAAAGUCCUUUGUUCUCGUGAGUUCUGUCCGCAUGGAAACCCACGUUCAUGUUUAGGAUGUGACGCAGUCGAUCCAGUCAUGGCAUCAGAUGCUUGUAGUAAAAAGAAGUUUGUCGUGAUCAAAGUGAUCAGGUUAUGCGACCUCCAGAACCUCAAAGGUUUAAUCACAAAUUCAAAGUUUGAUAUUAAAAUUCUUCAUUUGGUUCGAGAUCCUCGUGGAAUCUACCACUCGGUGACAGCAGUGAGUCGCAAAUCUGCAGAUGGACAAAUUUUACGAGUUUGCGAAAAAGUUCGAAAUAAUUUGGAAAUAGGGGAAGAAGAAGAUUGGUUGAGAGGGAAAUAUAAACUUGUCAGGUACGAAGAUUUAUGUCGCAUUCCACUUAAGAUGACUCGUGAUAUUUAUGAGUUUACGGGCCUUAACAUGACACAGCAGAUUCAGAGAUGGGUCGAAUCAAAUACAAACGGCAGUUCAACAAUGAUGGACGCCAGAAGUUUCAGAGUUUUAAGGAAAAUGAAAAUGAGAAGAAGACGGCCAAAGACCAAGUUAAAAAUAUUAAGAAACUUGUCCAACUUUCGUUUAAAACGCGCAGCGUUGAUGCAAAGUGGGGUAAAGUUACCGAAUGCAGUGUUAAACAGGAUCAUGAACGAUCCAUACACAACGACGCGCAACUCUACUGCCAGCUGGUGGAAGUGGUUACGAACGUUAACUCCCCAGCAGGUGGGGUAUGUGCAGCAUAAAUGCUCGGCUACAAUGCGAUUGUUGGGUUAUAACCUUAUAGAUAGCACGAAUUAUACAUCAGACGGUAGUGAAGUGGUACUUGAACCUUUGUGCAAUGACGUCACAAUAGGAGAUUGCUAAUGCUUUUGUAUUUUUGGAAUAAAAUUUUGUAAAAACA